AUGGUCUCGAAUGUGUUGUAUCAAAUUGUGCAAAUGGGGCCUGCUCGUCAAGGCACGCUCUACACAUACCCUAGUAUGGUAAUGUUUUUGGCGGCAAACACCUUCCCUCUGUCUUUCUCGAUGCGUGAUGCGUGAUGGGUGAACGGCCCGCGCGCAAAACAUUGAAAUUCUCGAGACUUUCAUACUCAUCAGCACGCCAGAUCGCCAUACCAGACCAUACCAACCCCGCGGUCCAAGAUCCAAAUGGGUGCAACCAAACGACCAAAUGAAAAGAACGGCCGCGACUCAAACAGCUCGAAAAAAAAGAUCAAGCUCGAUUACAAGAACUUGAAGCCUUCCCACACGCUCUACGCGAAAAACUUGAACAAUAGCAUCAACAAGAGACUCUUCUAUCACAACUUGUACCUUUUAUUCUCAGCCUUUGGUGACGUUAUAUCGAUUCAACUACAUAAAGGUUAUGCAUUUAUCGUCUUUGCACAGGUUGAUCUGGCGACGUUAGCGCUACGGAGCUUGCAAGAUGAAAAGUUUUUCGACAAGCCGUUGGUGAUCAACUUUGCUGUUCAUGAGUCCAAGGUGAUUUUGAAAGCAACGGACCAGGGAAAAGCGAGCGAAUACGAAAACGAACAAGAAAAAGAUGCAGAUGCAGAUGAUGAUGACGAAGUGCUACCGCUGUACGAGUAA